CCAUUCUCUGCUUCUUCUUUGAAAUUGUCUGCACUCACAGACCUAGAGAAGAAGACGGAUGACAAAGAAACAAACCAGCAUUCUCAUUCAGAUAAAUGUCCAUCAUACACAAUGCCAUUCUCUAAAAGAGAGCAUAGGUCGCAGGGAAGGUAACGUCACAAUUCCCCGCACCGGGUCGAGCCUUUUUCCGAGACCCUGUCCCACUCGACUGCCAUGAACCUACCUAUCAUCCGAUGUUGCACUGGCCCUUCUGAUGGCGUUUUCAACCAUCAUGCUUGCCCAAAUCAUCAACUGGUAAUGGACAGUAUUCCGGCCGACGCACAUACCCGGGAGGUGUUUUACGUUGGCGGCGAAUAUGUUGAUGACGGCACCGGCAAUGAGACGGUAUACGGGCAGGUGUAUGUCGAGCACCUCGUCCCAGUCCGUAAACCCCUUCAGAAAUACCCCAUAAUCUUCAUCCCUGGAAGCAGUCGCACAGGCAUUGACUUCCUCACCACCCCAGCCAACAACGACAACAACACCAACUCGCCCACCCAACAAAGCUGGUCCUCCCACUUCCUCUCUCUCUCCCACGAGCUCUACCUCAUCGACCCCCCCUUCCGCGGCCGCUCCCCCUGGCACCCCCCCACCCACCUCUCCUCCUCCUCCUCCCCCUCCCCAUACCUCACCUUCGGCGCGGCCCCCCUCCAAAAAGCCUGGGCCACCCCGCCCUCCUCCACCCAAUGGCCCGACAGCCCCCCCGCAGGCAAAGGCUCCCCCGCCUUCGACCACGUCAUGAGGUCGACCCACCCGCAGCUCGCCAACCUGGCAGAAGAGCAAUCCGUCGCCCAAAAGUCUCUGGCGGCCCUCCUGGACAAAAUCGGCAAGCCCGCCAUCCUCCUGGCUCACAGCAUGGGCUGCAAGAUAGCCUGGCUGCUCGCCGACGCGCGGCCGGGGCUGGUGAGGGCGAUUGUGGCCGUGGAGCCUGCCGGGCCGGCGUUUCAGAUGAGGGGGAUGGGGGGGUUGAGGAAGGAGCCGACGGUGUUUGGGCUGACCGAGGUGAGGUUGGGGUUUGAGCCUGCGGUUGGGGAGGGGGGGGAGGGGUUGAGGAGGCGGUUGGUCAAGCCGGGGGAGGAGGGGCUGUUGGAGUGUUGGCUUCAGGAUGAUGGGGAAGCUGGGGAGGUGAGGAAGCUGGUGAAUUUGAGAAGGGUGGAGGUGUUGGUCGUGACGGGGGAGGGGUCGCCUCAUAGGGGGUAUGACUGGGGGACGGUGGAGUUUUUGAGGCAGGCUGGGGUGGAGGGGGUAGAGCAUUUAGUGCUGAGGGGAGAGGCCGGAGGGGUUCUGGGGAGAGGGGGAGGGGGGAACGGACAUAUGAUGAUGUUGGAGAGGAAUAGGGGGCGGAUUGGGGAGGUUUUGGGCGACUGGGUUGGGAGGAGGGAGUGA